AUGGGAUCGUGUGUACCUGUAGUGGAUCUGGAUGGUAUUAGUAAUGAAAAGGAGUUAUUGGAGAUUGUUAAGCGUACAUUAUUGGCCUAUGACACUUUUUUACUCAGGAACUAUGCAAACUAUGAUACAUUAAGGGACUGGGUUGAACAGUUGACAGAGAUUCAGCCUGAAAAAGAGGUGGGUUUUGAUGGCACAUUUACUGGUGUGUUCUACGAUAAAGGUUUUGCAAAGGAGCAGUACAUUUGUGAUUCAGGAUCUAAUUGGGUAGCGUCAGCGCGCUGCGAUAAUGAAUUACUUGCCAGAAUUAGAUCACGGUUGAAAAAGCUUUCACUAUAUUUUGCUGAAUUAUGUCUCGAUGCCGUUAGUUUAGAGAAAAAGUGCACAAUUGGUGAAAACGACUGCUGUACUGUUAUGACUCGCUACUACACAGCUAGUGGAUCUGCAGUAUUGCCGAAUUUGACAUUUGACUACUUAAGAGAAUACGAGCUUUAUCAGCCAUCUGGGCUUCUAGCUCUGUUUCCUGUAGCCAGUGGCAUCCAAUACCUACGACAUGAUUCCUGGAAUACCAUUGAGGACGAGGAUUGUCUAUUAAUACAUACCGGUGACCUGCUUGCGAGGCUGUCCAAAGGAGCUCAUACAUCGUCCCCUAUCAGGAUAGUCAAGGACUCGAAGAUGGUGAGGCUUGAAAUAUCACCUUCAUUGGGAUAUAUAAAUGAAUCUGGAGUGCGACAGCUUGAGGUGUUGCUGGACCAGCAAAUAUCUGCAUUCCCUGAAGUCGCAGAAAAAUUUCGUCCAGCUGAGACAGGCAGGUUGAAGUUAAAAGAGACAGUGAAAUUCCUAAAGACGCUAUAUCGUAUCACUAUAUCUGUUCUCACUCUGCAUAAAAUGAAUCACCCUUCAGUACAUUUUGUGGAACUUGACCUCGUUCUGCCGCAGAUUAGCAACAUGGCUAAGCGGAAGGUGACGGAAAUGGACUUACUGAAGAUAACCUCCAUCUGGGAAUUGGCGUACGUGAUCAGACGUAAUGCUGAAGGUGUGCUAGAAGUAGAGAUCAAGCCAUCAUUGCUGCAGAAGGGCAAGGAGAUGGCAGUUCAUUUUAAUAAAGUCAUCGAUAAGUGGUUAGAUGGCAGGUUGCAAUCUCAAGACGAACAGUCUCAAUUAGACAUAUCCAUUGAGCGUCCACUCCAUGAUAUAGCUAAUAGACGUGAAGAUGCUAUUCGAGUACGUUCUAAGAGCUCAUUUAGUCAUACUGCCAUUUCAUUGAAAGGCGUUUCAAAGAGACCUGCUAAAACUGAGCCCAAUACAAAACAAUUGCUUGACAGAAUUAGAACUAAGGAAAGAAAAGCAGCGGAACUUCUGAAUGCUAGGGAAUUGGAAUGGAAGAAAUACUUAAAGGUAAAAAUGAAACAGAUUUUUCGCAUUUUGGUGGCACUAGAGCCAAAGAAACCAUAUACCUUAACUUACCUGACCUCUUUAAUUGUGGAUUCCUUGUUAGAUUCUAGUAAUCCCAUAGGAACUAAAGAGGUUGAGACUAUUAUAGACCAGUUGCAGGUUAUAUUAAGUGAUGUGAUGAUCGUUUUGAAUAUGAAUGGUGGUUUAAAAGUGUAUAAGUGGAAUCGAUUGCAUAAUGAGGAGCUGCGUAAACGUUUAGAGGAUUAA